CGGUCGGCAUCGGUGUGUUUAUCUUCAUAGUAGUACGUUGUUGUACGGCAAGUACGCACGCCACUGUAUAAUAUUGUGCACAUCGAUAUUCGUUUUACAUUUCCGUACACGUUUGAAAAAAAAAAAAAAAUUGAUUUGGUUGUAUUAAAUAAUAAUUACAUCGUUUAUUGUCAUCAUAAUAUGAGCUAAGCCUAGUGCUCAUAUACGCCGUUACACAACUAGGUACACAAGCCAUUAAUUUWUUUUUUUUUAUUCAGUGCCAGUUAGAGUCUAUGUUAUAUUAAAAUAUAAUAUAUAAAUACACAUAGUCUUAAGCGGUUCACAAACACUGAAAUAUAAAUUCAAUACAAAUAACAAUGUAUACUGCACCAAACGAAGAAUUUACAGUAUUCCAUUUAGAUUACAACUUAUCUACAUUAUUUGAACAAGUGGAACAUUUUAAUCAAUGGACUGAAUCGCUAAGUGAUUCUAGAACCAGAGGGUGGUGGAUGGUAAAUUCAGUUUUCACUACAUUUACUAUAGCUCUUUGUUACCUUUUAAUAGUAUGGCUGACUCCACUGUAUAUGAAAAAUCGCACAGCAUACAACUUAAGAAAUGUUCUAAUAAUAUACAAUAUCAUAAUGAUAAUAACAAAUUUAUUCAUAAUAAUAGAAAUGAUAUUGAUGACUACUAAAUUAAACUAUAGUUGGAUGUGUCAGCCAAUAACCUAUGUCAAUGCAGAAGCUGAGCUUAGGAUAGCAACAGCAGUUUGGUUAUAUUAUAUAGUUAAAUUUUUUGAAUUAUUGGACACUAUAUUUUUGAUACUCAGGAAGAAAGAUAAUCAACUAUCAUUUCUUCAUGUCUACCAUCAUUCAACAAUGUUCAUAUUCUCGUGGCUAGGAACAAAAUAUGUACCUGGAGGCUCAGCAUUUCUACCGGUAUUAAUCAACAGUACUGUACAUGUUAUAAUGUAUUCUUACUAUACAUUAGCAGCAAUGCAAUGUUCAAAAAUCUUCAAAUACAAAAAAUAUGUUACAAUCAUUCAAUUGGCUCAAUUUUCAUUUGCUCUACCAUUAGGCAUAAAUGCCAUACAAAGUGAGUGUAAAUGGCCAUUAUGGAUGAAAUAUUUAUUUGUCUUUUAUAUUAUUACAAUGCUGAUUUUAUUUGGAGACUUUUAUAAGAAAAAUUAUGUUAAAAAAGUACAAAAUGUUGUUAUAGAUAAGCAACAAUGAAAGUGAAGUCGGACAAUGUUUAAAGAAAUUGUGAUAUUUUAAUUAAACAUUCAAUUAAGCCUAAAAAGUAUUUAUUUUUUAA